CGAGAGCCGUCGAAGGGUGUAGAGUAGCUUCAGCACGGACCGAAAUAGCUGGCUGCUCCACUAUCGACAGAAUGGAAGUGGGCAUGGACUUUCUCCAUCACUCAGGCAUCCAAGCCACACACUACCUCCAAACAAGCUACCCGGCAGCCCAGGAUUGGUUCCUCUUUGUUUCUUUUGCUGCCGACCUCCGAAACACAUUCUUUGUCUUCUUCCCCAUCUGGUUCCACCUCUGCGAAGCGGUGGGGAUCAAACUCAUCUGGGUGGCUGUGAUUGGCGACUGGCUGAACCUGGUCUUCAAGUGGAUCCUGUUUGGGCAGAGACCUUACUGGUGGGUACGUGAGGCCAGUUUCUACCACAACACCUCAGCCCCUGCAAUCCAGCAGUUCCCUGCUACGUGUGAAACUGGCCCAGGGAGUCCCUCUGGACAUGCGAUGGGUUCAGCCGGCGUGUACUAUGUGAUGGUUACAGCCAUCCUCUCCAUUGCAUUGAAAAACAAGCAGCCAUCAUGGAAACACCGCUUCUUGCAGGCAGCGCUCUGGGCUGCUUUUGCCGUUGUCCAAGUCUGCGUCUGUCUCUCCCGUGUCUUCAUUGCUGCCCAUUUCCCCCACCAAGUUGUCGCCGGUGUCUUCUCAGGCAUGGUGGUUGCCGAAUCUUUCCAGCACAUCCGCUCCAUCUACAAUCCCAGCCUGCAGAAGUAUGUGAGCACCACGCUGUCCCUCUUCUCCUUCGCCCUGGGUUUCUACCUGCUGCUCAAAGUGCUGGGCGUGGACCUCCUGUGGACUUUGGAAAAGGCCAAGAGGUGGUGCGAAAACCCAGAGUGGGUCCACCUGGACACCACGCCCUUUGCCGGCCUCCUGCGCAACUUGGGCAUCCUCUUUGGACUGGGGCUGGCCCUCAAUUCCCCAAUGUACGUGGAAAGCUGCAAAGGGAAACAAGGGCAGCAGCGGGCCUUCCGCCUGGCCUGCAUCGGCGCUUCGCUCCUCGUCCUGCACGUCUUUGACUCUUUCAAGCCCCCUGCUAAGGUGGAGGUGCUCUUCUACCUCCUGUCUUUCUGCAAGAGUGCCGCCGUGCCGCUGGCAGCGGUUGCCCUCAUCCCGUAUUGCGUCUCCCAGCUCCUUACCCAACAAGACAAGAAAACUGUGUAGACGCCAUGCUGUAUUUAUUUCCUAUGAACUUUGAGCAGGCGAAGAGCUACGACGCAAGGCCUCGGGGGCAAAAGGGGACAGUGUUCUUGACGGUCCUCUUAACUAAGUGUGUUCUGCAAGAAGCCAGGAUAUGGUUGUCCCAACUGCCUUCCUAAAAUACCAGCUGGGGUCUCCAUCCAGCGCUGUCCAUAGGUCGUAAUUCCAGUGGCGCAGUUUGGUAACUUUUAGAUUACCAGGGUUCUGCCCGGACACUGAGGUCCAGCGCCGAGGGCCUUCUGGCGGUUCCCUCGUUGCGAGAAGCCAAGUUGCAGGGAACCAGGCAGAGGGCCUUCUCGGUGGUGGCACCCGCCCUGUGGAACGCCCUCCCAUCAGAUGUCAAAGAGAAAAACAGCUACCAGAUUUUUAGAAGACAUCUGAAGGCAGCCCUGUUUAGGGAGGCUUUUAAUGUUUAAUUAUUUUAUUUCAUUUUUCUGUUGCAAGCCGCCCAGAGUGGCUGGAGGAAACCCGGCCAGAUGGGCGGGGUAUAAAUAAUAAAUUAUUUUUAUUAUUAUAUAUGUGCCGUUUCGCUUAUUUCAAAAUGUUGCCGAUAGGCCAGCGCUUCUGCAUUCUGCCCCACCCCCCGACCCUAUAGUCCUGGCCCUGGAUGGCAUUGCUACAUGAGUCUGCCCAGUGCUCUUAUGCCAGGCAAGACAUUUCUCUAGAGAAGUAUUACCUGCAAUUUGUCCGCCACCAGCAAAUGCAGUCACCUGCUGCUCAGUGCCCUCGGCCGAGAUGACAGGCAAAAACUGGUAUCAGCAAGGCGGGGGAGCAAGCAGGGGGAUUCGCUUGGCAUAGUUGGGGCAGAAGAGGAAUAGAAUACAGUGGUACCUCGGUUUAUGAACACAAUUGGUUCCGGAAGUCUGUUCAUAAACUGAAGCGUUCAUAAACUGAAGCGAACUUUCCCAUUGAAAGUAAUGGAAAGUGAAUUAAUCCGUUCCAGAUGGGUCCGCGGCAUUCAUAAACCGAAAAUUCGUAAACCGAGGUGUUCAUAAACCGAGGUUCCACUGUAUAUAUUUCCACCAUUGCCUGUCUUGUGGCAGGAGAGGCAAAGAAGGAAGCAGAGAAGGGAAGUUAUCGGUCCAUCCGUGACAGCCGCCAGCAUUGUACAUGCCUCAAGGGAGGCUCUCCCUAGUGAGCCUGGCUGGUGUUAUGAGGUCAAGUGAUGAACCCCUGUGUGUGUUACGGGGGUAUUUCACAUCACUGAAGGAUUGAUGGUCACUUUCAGGAUGGGGAGGGAGAAAAGAUGGCGAACCCACCUGUGGCCGACCGCAGCCUAGAGAUGACUUUUGUAGAUGUCGGCAUGCCAUAUUUCUAUAUUUGUACCUACAUCUUCUUCUUUUUUUGGUUCUGAAUAAAGCAUGUUUUGUUAGCAAAUGAAUGGCCAGCUUUCUUUUGGGAAAAUAUUUGAAAAUUGAAGUAUUAAAUGUCGUUUAAAAGCUCCCCGUAUCAAUUCCCUCUGCCAGUUAACUAUAAAUGAACUCCUAGCCUUGGUUUAGUGAUGCAAGUUACAGUAUUCCCAGAGCGCUAAACUUCGAGAUGGGUGGGGGGGGACUGCAAUGAUUCUCUAAAACUCCGGUCUCUGCCAGCCCACUUUUUCACUUCUUUUAACUGCUGAAGAAUUAUUAUCCAGUGUUUAUGCGGUGGAUGGGCUACUCUGUGCCCCCAAAAAAUGAUAUCCUGAGACUUUGGCGGUGGUUUCUUCACCUGUUGAGAGGUAGGGGAAGUAAUGCUUGCUGUGCUUAAUUUAUAAAGUACGUUUUAGUACGUUUCCGAGCACAGUUCAAAGUGUUGGUGCUGACCUUUGAAGCCCUAAAUGGCCUUGGUCCAGUAUAGUGGAAGGAGCGUCUCCACCCCCAUCGUUCUGCCCGGACACUGAGGUCCAGUACCGAGGGCCUUGUGGUGGUUCCCUCAUUGCAAGAAGCCAAGUUGCAGGGAACCAGGCAGAGGGCCUUCUCGGUAGUGGCGCCCGCCCUGUGGAACGCCCUCCCAUCAGAUGUCAAAGAGAAAAACAGCUAACAGAUUUUUAGAAGAAAUCUGAAGGCGGCCCUGUUUAGGGAGGCUUUUAAUGUUUAAUAGAUUAUUUUAUUUCAUUUUCUGUUGGAAGCCGCCCAGAGUGGCUGGGGUAACCCAGCCAUAUGGGCAGGGUAUAAAUAAUAAAUUGUUGUUGUUGUUGUUGUUGUUGUUGUUGUUGUUGUUGUUGUUGUUGUUGUUAUUUAAAAUGAAGCUGGGGAUCUAGCUUGCUUUAGAGUACUGGCACUUCAGACCUAAAAUCACUUGCUCCUAAUCAAAGCAGGUUACAGUACUCAUUGGUGAAAGAAAGACACUCUGCACAUGGUCAGAGGCACUGUUUUCUCUUACUCACAUAUUUCAGAACUGAGUCUUGAUUUGUUCCAGAGCUAAUCCUUGGGGCAAGCUAAACCCUGUUUGCUUCCCUGUCAUGCUAAAAGACUAUGUCAACAGUUCAUCAGCUGCCAACUAUUAACUCCCAAUUCCUAGGAUUACCGUAAACAGAGACUGCAAGGGGAAAAGCUGGAGGAAAGGUUAGUGGGUGGGGCACAUUGACUGAGCCACACAGUGCUAGUAUAUGAAGUAACUUAGAGUCCAUCUCCAUUUUUUUAUUUUUUGCUGUGUAAACCAACAAAAAAUUGUGAUUAUUGCAGACCCUCCAAGUGUUCCUAUUUUCCGGGGACAUCCCUGAUUUAGAGAAGCCAUCCCAGUUUCUGAUUUGAUCCCAGAAUGUCCAAUUUUUCCUUAGGAUGUCCCUAUUUUCAACAGAGAAAUGUCGGCGGGUAUGGAAUUAUCCUCCUUCUUCUUUGGCGAUCAGUCGUAGCCGAGUAAGAUUGUCUUCCAUAAACAUGGUUUUAACAAUGAGUCCGUAGGUGACUGUGGAGGCCAAUUCUGGAUCCGCACGUCCUUCCACAGUGGGGACAUUGGUUUCCAGGCGGGAGUUGAUCACGGUGUGGAUUUGCCAAGCGUGCCUUCCUCUUAGCACGUUUCUCCCUUGCGUCCUGAGAUCGAGUGCGUUCAAAGCCCACUUGGGUAGCCCUGCAAUAUAAUAAAGGUAAAGGUAAACGGACCCCUGACCAUUAGGUCCAGUCGUGACCGACUCUGGGGUU